UGGAAAAUUUUCAUACGUUAAUUUUGAUCGUUAGCAUCUGUUGUCCCUCGAUGUGAGAAUUUCAAAUAUGGAUGCAGAGAAAAAGGACGAUCAUUUAAGAUUUCGUACUACAAAGAAUGAAGCAUUUCAGCGCAAAAGAAGCCGUUGUGAUGAAAACUUGGAUAGAUUCAUUCCUAAUCGCUCUGCUAUGGACUUUGAUUUUGCGCAUUAUAUGCUGAAUGGAGGAAAGGUUACGAGGGAAACUGAUAGUAGUACAAAUUCGCCAUGUUGUUCUCCAUCAAAAGAAGCUUAUCGGAAGCACCUUGCAGAUAUCUUUAACAUGAACAGGACAAGGAUUCUUGCUUUCAGCAAUAAGCCCCCAUCUUCUGUGGAGAAAAGCUUUGAAGAACCAGCUUUUUUAUCCAAAAAACCAGUCAAGAGGAGGAGGAUCCCUCAGGUAGCAGAAAGGACCUUGGAUGCUCCUGAUAUUACUGAUGAUUAUUAUCUGAAUUUGUUGGAUUGGAGCACCAGCAACGUGAUUGCUGUCGGUCUUGGGAAUUCUAUCUAUUUAUGGGAUGUAGAUACUGGAUCUGCUAUUCAUCUUGUGGAGAAUGAGGAAGACUUGGGACCAGUGACCAGUGUUAGCUGGGCACCAGAUGGGAAGCAUCUUGCUGUUGGCUUGAACAAUUCACAGAUUCAAAUAUGGGACUCUGAGUCUUCCCGCUUGGUGAGGAUAUUGCGAGAAGGACACAGAGCAAGGGUUUGUUCACUCGAUUGGAAUAAUUAUGUUUUGACAACAGGAGGCAUGGACAGUAUGAUCAUAAACAAUGAUGUCAGAAUUAGAUCCCAUAUUAUUGGGACUUACAGGGGGCAUACUCAAGAGGUUUGUGGGUUGAAAUGGUCUUCUUCAGGACAGCAAUUAGCAAGUGGGGGGAAUGAUAAUUUGCUCCAUAUAUGGAGCAUAUCAAUGGCUUCUCCUUCUUCAUCUUCUGGUUCUCGAAAUCCAUGGAUCCACCGCUUUGAAGACCAUACAGCUGCAGUAAAGGCCCUUGCCUGGUGUCCGUUUCAAAGUAACCUGCUAGCAUCUGGUGGCGGCAUGGGCGAUCACUCCAUAAAGUUCUGGAAUUUCAACACUGGAGCAUGCUUGAACUCAGUGAAUGCAGGUUCACAGGUCACUUGUUUGCUUUGGAACAGACAUGAACGCGAGAUUUUGAGCUCUCAUGGGAUGAAUGAUAACCAACUCACUCUGUGGAAGUAUCCUUCCAUGACUAGGAUUGCUGAGCUUCAGGGUCAUACAUCUAGAGUGCUCUCUAUGGCUCAGAGUCCAGACGGAUACACUGUUGCAAGUGCAGCUGCAGACGAAACACUACGAUUCUGGAAUGUAUUUGGAUCUCCUGAAGUGGCUAAGCCUAAACGUGAGGCAACGACAGAGCCAUUUCCUGACAUUCCGCGCAUCAGAUAGUUCUAGUUGCUAUAUACGGUGGAAUUUGUAUAGAACAAUUUUGUAUAGGCAAUUUCCUGUCACCUUGCCUGCAUAAGAUAAAAGACCUGCUAAACGUUGUAAUAUUGGAUUUUGAAUGGGUAGGGAAAGUUCCAUUGAAGCAACAAGGAGAAUUGUCUCCAAUUCUA